UUCGAUUCUUGGGCUACUAAAACACCUCCAUCUUUCAACUUGAUAAUGAGUUCUCCCACAUCAGUGAUCCGCCCUACCGAAGACAAACAAAUCCGUUCCAAACUACUCAACAAAUUAGGUAUUUACGAUGCUCCACCGUCAACGAAAGCACCACCGCCGAUGACGGCUGCUCAGAACCGUCGAUUGCGCAUACUGCGUGGAAUGGGCGUAGGCUACACCAUCAACCCAUCGCCUCCCGACGGAAGUGCCGUGCGACCUCCGCUAAAUGGUGUCACCCCAUUUCAGGAACCUCUCAAGUCCGAUUCCCCGAUGGCUCAUACUAGACGCAAGUCCCAAAAGAUCGUGUUCGUCGACGAGGUAGAAGUUCUACCAAUCCCGACUCGCUACGAGUAUUCCGAUCGUAUUAAGUCUCGGAUUUGGUCUAACCGCUACGAACUCCAGGAAAAUGCCGAACGCAAUGCCCUAGAAUUCGCAGCUGAAGGCUGGAACUGGCGCAACGUCACCGAAGACGAGGGCAUGUACAUUUGUUCCGUCUCAGGGGAACUAGUGCAUCCGAUCCACCUCCAACACUUAAUGGACGAGGAACAGCCCAGUGGUCCACAAGCGACUUUGGAGCGAGGCACGCCUGUUCACAGCAACCCAUAGUAUCUUCAAAUGAGAAAACAUCACGCGGAAGACUUGAUUUUGGAAC